AUGUUGUGUUCUUCUGAAUCUGCUAUUCCGAUUGGUUUGCAAAAUUUGUGUUUUCUGAAAAAAUAUUAAUUAUUUUCAGAAGAAGAAAACGAAAUGUCGGACAUUCGAAAAUUAAAAGAAGGAGAAAUUCUUAAAUACAAAUCAGGAUUUCUUGGAUCAAAAUGGAAGAAAAUGCAUGCCGUGUUGUUCAGUGACUCGAAAUUGUGUUGGUAUGAAGAAAGAGUAAGUCAAUUUUAAUUAUUUCUAGCUUUGCUGAUGAUAUUUCAGUGUUUGAAAGUUCUUUUGAAGAUCUUUAGAAUCAAAAAUGAAGUUCAAUGUAAACAUUUUUUCCCGAUAUUGGUUUUUGUUGGCACUAAAAUAUAAUAAAGAAGAGUAAAUAUAGAACCUUCAGAAAACAUUUUUUCUUGAAAAAUUUCAUAAACAAUACCUUCAGAAUUCUCGAAAUUACUAAUCAGAUUACUGUAGAAAAGAACAAAAACCGGUUUUGUUUUCUCUUUUUUUUCGAUGAAAAUUGAAAAUUUCGCACUUUUAUGAAAAGAUAUCAAAACAACGAUUAUUUCGUGGGAAAAAUGAAAAACAAGAAAUCUUUUUGAAAAAAAGGAACAUUUUCCACAAUAUUUGUUUAUUUUAGGGUGACCGAAAACCAAAAGGAGGUGUACUUUUGAAAGAUGUUAUUCCAUAUAUCUGUGUUGGUUUGAUGACUGAUCGAAUGCCAACAAAACGACCUUCAGUUCCUGAUGGAAAUUCAGUUCAUCAUUUAGUUGGAAUUGGAAUGGAUCCAAAAGCUGAAAAUGUUCAUUGGAUUCUUUUCUCAAGUGAUGCAGAUAUUGAAAGUUGGUUCACUGAGAUCACAAAAACCCUUCCAAAACCAACAAAUCCUCCGCCACAACCAAACGGACCUCCUCCACCAUCACAAGUGCCUUCUGGUGGAUAUGUUCCCCCUCCGAAAUAUCCCGAUGCACCUCCACCAGUUCAAUCAGGCGGCGGUGGAUAUCCAGUUCAACCGCAACCAAAUUAUCCGCCACAACCAUCGAAUAACGGUGGAUAUCGUCCGCCACCAGUUCAAUCAUAUGGCGGAUAUGCCCCACAACCACAACAACCAAGUUCUCACACAACUGUAAUUGUUCGAGAUGGCGGAUAUGGGGGAGGCGGUGGAUAUGGCGGAGGAAUUGGCGGAGGAAGUGGACUUGGAUUCGGAAGUGGAAUACUUGCCGGAAGUUUAUUGGGUUAUGGUUUGGGAUCAAUGUGGGGAGGACAUCAUUCAUAUUUCCCAUCUUAUGGAUAUGGCGGAGGUUUUGGAAUGGGAGGAGGUGGAUAUGGAAUGGGCGGAGGAUAUUAUUCUGAUAAUGAUACAAACAUCACUAACAAUUAUUAUAAUUAUGGAGAUGGCGGAAACUCCGGAAAUUCUGGAGAUGCCGGUAACAGUUCAUCAAACAAUGAUCAUAAUGAUAUUGGAAAUGCCGGAGAAGUAAGUUUUCGUUUUUGAAAAUCAGUUUUGAAUUCAAAAAUUCACAGGAUACUUUUGACACCACUAGAUCAGAUGAUGAUUUGAAUCAUGACGAAGAGGUAUCAUAGUUGAUUGUUUUUUGUUUUCACUAAUAUCAGCUAGAUGUUUCUGUGUUGUUAUUAUUUUUUUAACCGUAGUUUGUUAGAGCUGCUCAAGUGGGAAUAUUUUGAUCAUUCAUGAAACCAGAAAAAUUUUAAUUUUUCACAAACAAAAUUUGAGUGAAACUCAUUUGAGCAGCAGUUUUUUCAAAAAAAAAACAUUUUUUUCACAUUUUAUUUUUUUCCAGACAUCUGGCGGAUAUAACAAUGACUACGGUAAUACCGACGAUUAUGGAAACGACUACGGUAAUGCCAAUGAAGAUUAUGGGGGUGGAAACGACAGUUAUGACUAUGGAAAUGCUGGAGACGAUUUUGGCGGCGGAGAUUUUGGUGGAGGCGAUUUCGGUGGAGGAGACUUCGAUUAUUAA